GUUGUCAUGUUUGACAGUCUCCGGGAGGGGAAGGAGUCUCUCCAAGAAAUGGCCAUAUCACAGUCUGCCGAUAUGGGCAGCCCCAUCAAGAGGAUCCUCCUGGAUUAUGUAUUUUGGGAAAGAGUGGUAAGCAGCCUGAAACUUCUGAAAUCUAUAACAGUAGCCAUUGCACGGAUUGAGGGAGACAAUGCCAUCCUGUCUGAUGUUCAGACUCUGUUUGCAGAUGUAAGAGGAGAAAUCUGUACUGCCCUGUCCACUUCACUGUUGUUCCAAGCAGAGGAAACUGCAGUUCUGAAAUACAUACUAAAGCAUGAAGACUUCUGCCUGAAGCCCAUACAAGCCGCAGCGUACAUGUUGGACCCAAAGUAUGCUGGCAAGAGCAUUCUGUCUGGUGCAGAGAUCAACAAGGCCUAUGGUGUCAUCACUUCCAUGUCUCGCCAUCUUGGCCUGGAUGAGGACAAGGUUCUUGGCAGUCUGGCGAAGUACACGUCCAAGCAAGGGCUUUGGGAUGGAAAUGCAGUAUGGCAGUCGUGCCAACAUAUCUCAUCAGCCACCUGGUGGAAGGGAGGCUCUUUCCCCUGUUGACCAAUACAAGGGUUGAAAAAUAGGUGGCCAUCCGGGCAAAUUUGAGGCUUUGAGCCUGACAACAAGCCAUCCUCAACAAGGUUGGAAAGUGAGUGAAGAUGAGGCCCCAGUCUGAUGAUCAAGAGGUGGACAUUGAGGAGGUCCAGGGAGAAGACAUGGAAGCCUGAGAGGAAGACAACCAAAGCUUUAGUUCUAGACUAUCAUUUUACAGAUGUAUGUUGUAAACGUUUUUGGGAGAUGCAAUGGAUCACUCAAUAUUCCCUUUGUUGUUUAGUGAAAUUAUCCCAUGUAAAGAGCCAACUCAUUCAAUUAAAGUUACAUUUGUAACUAAAUAGUUUUUUUUAUUUCUAUUGGAAGGAUUUAAUAAUUUGCAAUUAUGUCUACUUAUAAGGUAAAAGGUUUAUGUUUCUGUCUCCAUAUGAUAUGUUAAAUAUAUCCAAUGCAAAAAAAAACAUCCACAUUUUAAAUGGUAUUAAUAUUCAUUUGCAUAUAUUCCCACGGGAAGUUUCCACCUCUGAAUAUUCCCCAAAAUGUCCAACCCCAAUGAUGAGUGAGAAAAAUGGCUGUACACAUAUAAUACCCCCAAGACAUGCUAACCUCCCAUCUUAUUGUAGUGGUGAGAGGUUAGCAUGUCUUGUGGGUAUGAUAUUUGUGCGUGUACAUUUUUCACUCAUCAUUAUUCAUGAUUCAUUCAGGACUAUCCAUAAUCAUGGUAGCAUCCACAUUCAUGUAGAAGUGUAUAGAAACAUCAUCUUUUUUAAUUCCAAUAAAAGUGACUCCACAAUGACACAAUACAUUAUUUACCAUUCAUUUCUAUUGAGCAGAAAAUAAUCUGAAACUCGACCAGAACAAACAGCAAAUGCAUCCAACAAGUUUGUAAAGUCAGAAGCUUGAUGUAAUCUAUUGCGUUCUAGGAAUAUGGGACCAAAUACUAAACUAUAAUACACAUAAGUGAAUUUGUCCCAAUACAUUUGGUCCCCUAAAAUUGUUGGACUAUGUACAAAAAGUGCUGUCAUUUCUAAACGGUUUACCCGAUAUGGAUGAAAGUACCCUCAAAUUAAAGCUUACAGUCUGCACUUUAAUCUCAGCCAGUGUACCGUUUCAAAGUCCACUGUAUAUUAGAAUGAUAGUUUAAUUACUUUUUUUGCUGUACAUCUGUACUUUAUCAAAUAACUUAUUCAUACUUGCUUUUUAGCCAAGAUCUCAAACCAGUUGGGAGAAUUGCAUCUGAGUUAGCAGUGGUUAGCUGCUAUGCAAGCAGGCCACAACAUUCCUGUCAUGUCAGUCAUUAAAUGGUCUUUAACUAAGGUUACACUGAGAGCAAACAAGUUGGUGUUCCCAAGCUGUUCACAUGAUUUACUAGUACCACCUCACUCCUCAAAUAUCAUCGGCAACCUAAUAAUUGUCAUCACUGUCCAUACCUAGAUCUACAGCGUGAUUAGGCCUGAGUCAGAGUUCUUGUCUCACUAUGAAAGGUCUUGCGUUGGAAUUAUAAGAAAGUGACUUACAGUUGUGUUCUAAUAUAUUGGCACCCUUGCGCUUUACAAUGGAGUAAAAUGUUCUGUUUUCUCUUUUCAAAACUGGUUCAAUGGAUAUUUUUACCCUGUAAGCACCUGCAACUUAAGGUGAGAGAAAUUACACAAUAAACGAGAAUCACCUGCCUCCAACCAACCAAAUGAAUUUGAAUUCUUCUGAAUUAUUUAGUCCAGAACAUUUAUUUGUAUUUAUUUGAGGUGAAUUUCAGUUUUGAUUUCUGUGCUGUUGGAAAUCAAUCAAAUGGAUGUGUGAACACCAAACAAGUUUUCAAUUUCAAAUUAUUUUCAAAGGAAGUAGUGAAUCAUGUUAAAAACGUUGAAGGGUGCCAAUAUAUUAGAGCGCAACUGUAUAUUAAAAAUAGCAUUGUUCUAAAACUUGAUAGGCAAUAGUAUUAGGCAAUGUACUGUAACUAAGCUACAAAGGCAGCAGGUGAAGUGCCAAUCAGUGAAAGUCAUUGUGAUUACAGAUUAAACACAGCAGGCUUAGUUAGAUCCACACACACACACACACACACACACACACACACACACACACACACACACACACACACACACACACACACACACACACACACACACACACACAGCCUUGUCUCCUGCUGAUUGCUUAAAUGUCACCUCUCUCACUAAUUACAUUGAGCUCAGAACUCCAGAGAGAGCGGCAUACUGUGAACUGUACUUCAUAAGAGAUGGAGGGAAGUGAAAGUAUACCGCUGUAGACAAAUUCCAGGCUGAUCAAACUUCUGGUCACCUCCCUCAUCCCAUAUUUCUAUAUUGCAGGCUUCAAAAUUAAAACAUAACAUGGAUAGAAUCUAGCCAACUACAUUCUUGGAAAUGAAUAACCUUCCAGACUUUGAGGAAUGAAUGCAACUACUAUGAAAUGUUAUCUUGGAGUACAAAUCACAUUUCUUAAGUACUUGCUUUUGCGUGACUCGCGCCUUUUAAAGUCUCCUGGUCAUUUGCAUGUAAAAGGAUCCAUGAGCACCAACAUGAAGUUCAUAGGAGUAUGUCGGGUGUCAAAUGAAAAGCUGUAUAUGUUCUUGAGAAAUUGAGGCAUAAAUACAUUUUUCAACCAUUUUCCAUUCUAAAAAUUAGGAAUAUGCAAUGGCUUUGAUUUCUGGUAAAAAAUAUAGAAAAUUGGGCUUAAAAAAACAUCUACUAGAAAGUCUUAAGGUAUUAGAAAUGCAUCAAAUGAAAAUGUUGACGUUAAGACCCCUUCCAACUAAUAUCAACACUUUUAUAUUUAGUUCUGUAGACAUUUUUCUGACCUCUAAGUUGAAGAAAUAUUGCCUUGUGCCUUGAAAUUCCUUUACCAAAAACCUUUAAAUCUUUAAGAUUCUUUUGUAUGUAUGUGUGGACACCCCUUCAAAGUAGUGAUUCAGCUAUUUCAGCCACACCUGUUGCUGACAGGUGUAUAAAAUUGAGCACACAGCCAUGCAAUCUUCAUAGACAAACAUUGGCAGCAGAAUGGCCUUACUAAAGAGCUCAGUGACUUUCAACGUGGCAUUGUCAUAGGAUGCUACCUUUCCAAUAAGUCAGUUUGUCAAAUUGCUGGCCUGCUGGAGCUGCCCCAGUCAAUUGUAAGUGCUGUUAUUGUGAAGUAGAAACAUCUAGGAACAACAACGCCUGAUCCGCGAAGUGGUAGGUCACACAAGCUCACAGAACGGGACCGCCGAGUGCUGAAGCGCAAAGCGCUUAAAAAUCGUCUGUCCUCGGAUGCAGCAAUCACUACAGAGAUGCUUCCAGAGGCAGUUUGGAACGUCAGCCCAAUAACUGUCCCCGCUAUUGCACUCUGGAGUGUGUAGUGAAUCAAUGUACUUACUAUCCCUGUGAUUUGGUUUUCCCAACUAGCUAUCUUAAGAUGAAUGCACUAACUGUAAUUCGCUUUGGAUAGGAGACAAAUGUCUGCUAAAUGCAUAAAAUGUAAUCACUUAAUAAUUCAUAAACAAAAGCUUUCAUUGUUACUUCUGUGACUUUCAUUAUCCUCUGUCGUGAGGGGCAGGAAUUAGAAAAUACACUAUACUAAAAGAUAAAAAAUGUGCAUUCACUGGAACUAAGGGCCCAAACCAUUAUUCCUCCUCCACCAAACUUUACAGUUGACACUAUGCAUUGGGGCAGGUAGCGUUCUCCUGGCGUCCGCCAAACCCAGAUUCGUCCGUUGGACUGCCAGAUGGUGAAGCAUGAUUCAUCACUCCAGAGAAUGUGUUUCCACUGCUCCAGAGUCCAAUGGUGGCAAGCUUUACACCACUACUAGCCUCAGAAAUUACAGCCCAAAUAAAUUCUUCAGAGUUCAAGUAACAGACACAUCUCAACAUCAACUGUUCAGAGGAGACUGUGUGAAUCAGGCCUUCAUGGUCAAAUUGCUGAAAAGAAACCACUACUAAAGGACACCAAUAAUAAGAAGAAACUUGCUUGGGCCAAGAAACACGAGCAAUGGACAUUAGACCGGUGGACAUCUGUCCUUUGGUCUGAGUCCAAUUUUGAGAUUUGUGGUUCCAACCUCUGUGUCUUUGUGAGACUCUCUCUUCCAGGACCCACAGUCCACUGAUGAGUUUCGGAGCCAGUUUUGUCAGCUUCCUGAAUGCCAUGAUGACGUUUGAGGAGGAGAAGAUGCAGAUGGCCUUUGAUGACCUCCGAGCUACUGAGAGACUGUGACUCCCAGAGGUCAGGGGUGGCAAUAGUAGACCGUCUCCAGAGACAGAUCAUUGUGGCAGACUGCCAGGUGUACCUCGCUGUCCUCUCUUUCAUCAAACAGGAACUUUCAUCAUACAUCAGAGGAGGCUGGAUUCUCCGCAAAGCCUGGAAGAUGUACAACAAGUGUUACAGCGACAUCAGCCAGCUGCAGGAUUGCAGCAAGAGGUCCUCCGACCAGCAAGGGUCUCCCUCUCCAUCCACUGACCAGGCCAACCGUAACCACGCCACGCCCCCAACCCAGAGGACCAAUGGGGUGAGCCCGGAGGCACUGGAGAGGCUCAAGGGCUCGGUUAGUUUUGGCUACGGCCUGUUCCACCUGUGCAUCUCCAUGGUACCGCCACACCUGCUGAAGAUUGUCAACCUUCUGGGUUUCCCUGGCGACCGUCACCAGGGGCUGUCCGCCCUUACGUAUGCCAGUGAAAGUAAGGACAUGAAGGCCCCCCUAGCUACGUUGGCCCUCUUGUGGUACUAUACGGUAGUGCAACCCUUUUUUGCCCUGGACGGCUCAGACACACAGGCCGGCCUGAUGGAGGCUAAGGCUAUCCUCCAGAGGAAGGACCCUGUAUACCCUAACUCCUCCCUCUUCUUGUUCUUCAAGGGCAGGGUGCAGCGCCUGGAGUGCCAGAUCAACAGUGCCUUGACGUCCUUCCAAAAUGCCUUGGAGCUGGCUACAGACCAGAGGGAGAUCCAGCAUGUGUGUUUGUAUGAAAUAGGGUGGUGCAGUAUGAUCGAGCUGAGGUACAGUGACGCCUACAGGGCCUUUCAGCGUCUGGCAACUGAGUCACACUGGUCCCAGUGCUACUACGCCUACCUAACUGGAGUGUCCCAGGGAGCAUCAGGAGAUCUGGAAGGGGCUGCCGCUGUCUUCAAGGAUGUUCAUACGCUGCUGAAACGGAAGAACAAUAAAAUAGAACAGUUCUCUAUGAAGAGGGCGGAGAGGCUAAGGAAACACACCCCAUCCAGAGAGCUGUGUGUCCUGGCUGUGAUCGAGGUACUUUACCUGUGGAAGGCUCUGCCGAACUGCUGCACCUCUAAGCUACAGAUCAUGAGCCAAGUUCUGCAGGAACUAGAUGACGUCUCAAUUGCUGGCCUGAAAAACCUGCUUCUUGGUGACAUACACAGAUGUCUCGGCAACAUAAAAGACGCCAUUGAGUGCUUCCAUCUGGCUGCCGGAGAUGAGGUGGGUCGUCAGAACAACUCCUAUGUGCAGCCCUACUCCUGCUACGAGUUGGGCUGUGUUUUCCUGGACAGCCCUGAGUCUGAAGCGAAGGGCAGAGCUCUGAUGCUUCAGGCCAAGGAUGACUUUGCUGGCUAUGACUUUGAGAACAGGCUCCAUGUACGCAUCCACUCAGCCCUGGUUUCCAUGAGGAAGGAGGUGGCCCCACCCUGACUACUGCCCCAUUCCUCCACCAUACAUCCACUCAGCUCUGGUUUCCAUGAGGAAGGAGGUGGCCCCACCCUGACUACUGCCCCAUUCCUCCACCAUACAUCCACUCAGCUCUGGUUUCCAUGAGGAAGGAGGUGGCCCCACCCUGACUACUGCCCCAUUCCUCCACCAUACAUCCACUCAGCUCUGGUUUCCAUGAGGAAGGAGGUGGCCCCACCCUGACUACUGCCCCAUUCCUCCACCAUACAUCCACUCAGCCCUGGUUUCCAUGAGGAAGGAGGUGGCCCCACCCUGACUACUGCCCCAUUCCUCCACCAUACAUCCACUCAGCUCUGGUUUCCAUGAGGAAGGAGGUGGCCCCACCCUGACUACUGCCCCAUUCCUCCACCAUACAUCCACCCUAGCUUUGCGUUGAGGGUAGAAGGAUCUGGAAACGACUCCAGAAGCCAUCUUGAUCUUCACAGCACUGUGAUGGUUCACUGCAAUGUGUUUGUUUUAGUUGACUUAUGUUUGUAUAAUGAAUGUGCCAUCAAGUUUGUAAUGCGUAGUUUAGAGUAAAUCUCCUGGAGGGAUAGUGCAGACUACUGGAGUGUAAUCGUGUGUUUCAACCAGAUCAAAUAUCUACAGUAGUUGCUGCUGGGAGGCAAACGUAACUCUUUUUACCAAGGAAAAAUAUAUUGGGUGAAAAUCUGUCAGUGAGGCAGCAGGUAGUCUAAUGGUUAAGAGCGUUGGGCCAGUAACUGAAAGGUUGCUGGUUCAAAUCCCUGAGCCGACUAGGUGAAACAUCUGUCAACAUGCCCUUGAGCAAGGCACUUAACCCAAUUGCUCCUGUAAGUCGAUUUGGAUGCGAGCGUCUGCUAAAUGGCUAAAAUGUGAAUAGUACAAUAAUAUCUUUCUCUCCCAUAAGAUAUGAAAGGGUUCAGAUUGAAAACUGUAUGCCAUUGUGUAUGACACUUCACUAUAAAGCAGUGAACUUGUGCCAUAGCAACCCAACUGACAUCUGGUUUCUGCCAGAUGACCUCAAUGUCCUGUUGCUCUUACAGUAGUAAACAAUCUGAAUGCACAAUCCCUAUGCUACUACUCAUCACCUGGACUUUAUUACUGUAAAUUGAUGCCAACCCUUUAAUCACCUUAGGUUAUAGGCAUUGUGAAUCCAUUAUAGAUGGUAAUAUAAGCAGAUUUCCUCAAACAUGUUACAACAUUGUUACUUAAAAUGUUUUAAAUAAAAUAAAAAUCUGGUUUUAAUAACAAGUGUAUUGAUAUUUUAAAGGGAAACCACCUUUUCAUAUCAGUGUAAAUAUGUAACUGUACUUUAAUACUAUAGAUAUGUUACUAGCUAAAUUACAUUGUCCUUUUGGCACUCACUUAUGGGUAUAACAUCUACACUCUGCUGUACUUGUAUUUGCUGGAAACUGGUUUUCCUUUGUUGCUUUGUUUUUUAGUUUUGUAUGUAUAAAAUCAUGUGUUAAAACAAUA